UUCAUUUGACAACCAGAACCUGAAGUGUAUAAGAUGGAUUUCCUGAACAAAGUCACGGGCAAGUCUGACGCCGAGGCUGGCAAAGCCGUAAGUGCGACCCCGGGUGAUGAGCUUGAGAAUCUGAAGAAACAGGUGGAGAGUCUGACCGACGAAAAGACCAACCUGAUGAAACAAAUAGACGUCAUGAAGGAGGCCUUGUCUGAUAAGGUUGAUGACAUCAAAGGUUUCAUGGAGAACCUGAAUGUCGUGGGUGAUGCAGCAGCAAAGGCUGAAAAACUCGCGCGGGAAAAUGCUGCACUUCUGUCCGAGAUGGCAGGGCUCAAGUCCAUGAUAGAGAAGUUGGGAGGCGGGAUGAAAGACUCAGCGGUUGCCAAGGCAACAGAGGCCGCGGACAGCGCAAAAGAAGAGGCAGUCGCCAGCGGUCAGAAGGCAGCGGAAGAAGCUGAGAAGCAGGCGCAGAAAGUCAGCGAGGCCACAAAAGGGAUUGGUGGAAUAAAAUUAUGGUGAAGGAAAAGGGGUUUGAAUUAAUAAAAGCGUGCAAUUAGUUAA